CUGUGAGGCAGCAGCUGAGGAGAAUGUGGCACACACCAUGGCAGAUGAAAAGCCCAUGGAAGGAGUCAAGAGUGGGAACAAUGGUCAUGUUCAUUUGAAGGUGGUGGGUCAGGAUGGUUCUGCGGUGCUAUUUAAGAUUAAGAGGCACAGUGCAUUUAGUAAACUAAUGAAAGCCUGUUGUGAACAACAGUUAGAGAUGGAGCAUAAAGAUAUAAUUGAUGUGUUCCUACUGCAGACAGGAGGUGUUUAUGAAAAAAUGGAAUCUGCCACUUUAUUCCAGAACUCUUCCUCCAGACCAAGAAAGAGUACAAAUGAUGCAGUAAUGGCAUGUCUUCCCACGGGAGAGCAACAGGAGUCUGAAAUUUAG